CUGGCCGACGCCGUCAGCCACAUCCUGACCCGGCUGCGGGUGCCCCUGCUGGUACUGCUUGCGGCCGUCGCGAUCGUCCUGAUCGCCACGGUGGUCGUCACCGGUCGCCGCCGGGCGCUGCUCGAGAGCUCGACCGUGUUGAUCGAAGAGAUCGAGCAGCGCUGGUUGACCGUUGCCUCCGAGAGCGAGCGAGCCUCGAUGGCGAGGUGCUCCCGCAGUUUGAGCUGCUGGCCGAGCGCCACAGCAGUCGCUACCCGGAGCGGGGCUCUGCAGUUGUUGGCCCUCCGUCACGCCGAGCGCGAAGAGUGGCAGGAGGCAGCCGAUCGCUUCUCGGAGCUGGCCGAAGUAUCUACCGGCUACUUGGCCGCGCUGGCGCUGAGAAAUUGCGGUCGCGUACGAGGAGCUGGGGGACCGCGAGACUGCCGCGAGCAUCUAUGA